CAGCGACGCGUCUGAAUGGGUUCUACGGUUUUAACAUCGUCUUCGAGUUAAAUGAAUCGAAAUUUAUGUCCGUUUUCUAAUAAUUAAACCUCAGUUCUGUUCAAUUAAUCGUAACAUUUUUGAAGUACUGUAUAUUUUAUACUUUAAUGACUGUGGACUCUUUCACUUCAUGUUGGCACAUCCCACCAAAUCCCUCCCACAUCCUAUAAUACUUAUACUGGCUUGUUCAGGAUAUGUUAUUCAGUUAUAUUAAAGCAGUACAACAAAUUGGUGGAAAGGAACGAGGAGGAAAUGAGAAUUGGAGCCAUGUUUCAUCUUUUGCUGCUCUUAGGGUUCUACACUACUGGAGUCUGUCUCUCUCGCCAGUAUCACUUCAUUAACCAGAAUAAAACUUGGGCUGAAGCACAGAGAUACUGCAGAGAGAAUUAUGUUGACUUAGCCAGUAUUGAUCAUGCUGAAGAAGAGCUGGCUCUUUUUAGAAAGACAGACUUCAGGAGCAGCAGGAAAACCUGGAUAGGACUAUAUGAUGAUCUGAACAGCUGGAAAUGGUCUUUGAAUAAUGAUUCCUUCUACAAAGAGGGAGAGAGAGUGUUCAGAAACUGGUAUAUAACGAAACCAAGGAACUGGGGUGGAAAAAGUUUGUGUGCAUCACUGUCGAGAUUUAAUGGAGAAUGGCAGGCGACGUAUUGCUCUGCAUUGCUUCAAUUCCUUUGCUACGAUGGGAGAAUACAGGCCAGUGAAAGAUAUGUCCUAGUUAAUGAGCACUUGAACUGGACUGAAGCUCAAAGAUACUGCAGAGAGCAUCACACUGAUCUGGCCAGUGUAAGAAGUGAGACUGAGGACCACCAGAUAAGACUGAUAUAUAAUAUAUAUAAUACUUAUUAUUAUUAUGACAUUAUUUGGAUCGGCCUGUACAGAACCAGGUCUUGGUCAGAUAGAAGCAAUUCUUCUUUCAGCAACUGGAAACCAGGACAACCAGAUAAUUAUGAUCAGAAUGAAUACUGUACUGCUGUGUCAUUGAAUAAUGCCGAUUCUGGGAAAUGGACAGAUGAAAACUGCAAUCAAACAAUCCCAUUCCUCUGCUAUAGAACAAUGUCAUCAGCAUCCUCUCGUGUGUAUUAUUUUGUUAACAAGAAUAAGACCUGGAUUGAAGCACAGAGGCACUGCAGAGAGAAUUACACUGACCUGGCUACCAUUGAGAACAUGGAAGAAAUGAACAGCCUUCUUAAUGCAGUAAAUACGAGCUACUCAGGUUUGGCCUGGAUUGGAUUAUAUGAUGAUCCGGACAGCUGGAGAUGGUCUUUGGAUGAUGAUAGUUUGUAUAAGGAAGGAGAGAAAAUGUACACUGGGUGGUACCAUGAACCUGAUAACUACAACGGAAAAGAGCUGUGUGUGUUUAUUCGCUCUGACGGCAAAUGGUCUGAUGGAGAUUGUAACAAUUAUAUAAAUUUCGUUUGCUAUGAUGGAAGAAAUGUAACAGAUGGUUACAUCUGGGUUGCCCAGUUCAUGCCCUGGGCAGAAGCUCAGCAUUACUGCAGACAGCAUUACACAGACCUGGCCAGUGUGAGGAAUCAAGAAGAUAAUAAAAAAAUCCUCAACCUCACAGGUGGCUCUCCUGCAUGGAUUGGCUUAUACAGGACCAGACUCUGGUCAGACCAGCACGAGUCUACCUAUGAAAACUGGAGACCAGCCAGUCCAUAUAUUCCAGAACAACCAGACAAUGGUUUAUAUGUUUUUUGGGAACAUGGCAAUCAGCAUUGCACAGCUCUAUCACUUAGAGAUUAUGGGCAGUGGACAGAUGAGGACUGCUUAGCUUCAUUCCCUUUUAUCUGCUAUAACAAAUUCUGCCCAGGAUCAUUAUGCACCCGUCAGUAUCACUUUGUUUCUGAGAACAAGACCUGGACUGAAGCCCAGAGAUACUGCAGAGGGAAUUAUAUUGACCUGGCCACCAUUACUAACAUGGAGGACAUGGAAAAACUGGUUGAAGCAGUAUAUGGAAACUAUUCUGGUUUAGCAUGGAUUGGACUGUAUGAUGACAUGAACAGCUGGAAAUGGUCUCUGGAUAAUGAUCUUUUAUACAUGGCGGGAGAGAGAAGCUUUAGAAACUGGUAUAUAAACAAACCAAUGAACUGGCUUGGAAAUAGUGCGUGUGUAUACUUUUCAGUGUUUGACAUGGUAUGGUGGGAGGCACCUUGCUAUUUCACACUGCCAUUCAUUUGCUUUGAUGGAAGGAGAAAUGCUAGUGAAAACUAUAUCUUGGUUCAGCGAUACAUGAGCUGGACUGAAGCUCAGAGAUACUGCAGAGAAAUUUACACAGACCUGAUCAGCGUGAGGAACGAGGCCGAGAACCUGAGAAUACGAUCAUUACUCCGUCAUUAUUUUAGCAAUGUAUGGAUUGGUCUAUACAGAACAUCAUAUUGGUCAGAUAAAAGCAACUCCUCUUUCAGCUAUUGGAAUCAAGGACAGCCUGAUAAUUAUGGACAGAGCGAACACUGUACUGCAGUUUUUACUAACUCUGGGACGUGGACAGAUGAGAACUGUGGUAAAACCUUCCCAUUCUUCUGCUAUAGGACAACAUCAUUAUCCUCUCGUCAGUAUCACUUUAUUAAUGUGAAUAAGACCUGGACGGAAGCCCAAAGAUACUGCAGAGAGAAUUACACUGACCUGGCUACUGUUGAGAACAUGGAGGAAGUGAACACACUCAUUUACACAGCAAAUAGCAACUAUUCUGGUUUAGCCUGGAUUGGAUUGUAUGGUGAUCUGGGCGGCUGGAGAUGGUCUUUAGAUGGUGAUGCUUUCUAUAAGGAGGGUGAGAGAGACUUCAGAGGAUGGUAUGAAGAGCCAAAUAACUACAAUGGGAAAGAGCUGUGUGUUUCCAUGCGCAGCACAGGAGAAUGGUCUGAUCAGCAGUGUACACUGUUAUUGGGAUUUAUUUGCUAUAGUGGUACACACAGGGAAUAUGUGUGGAUUUCUACUAGAAUGACAUGGCAAGAAGCUCAGAGUUUCUGCAGAGCGAAUUACACAGACCUGGCCAGUGUGAGGAACGAAACAGAGCUUCAGAGGAUACUGAGCAUAAUUCACAAUGGCUAUGAGGUAUGGAUAGGUUUAUAUAGGAGCCGAUUGUGGUCAGAUCAGAGCAACUCAACUUUUACAUUCUGGAGACCAGAGAAUCAAGGAUACCACAUAUCUGAACCUGAUAAUGGUUUGUAUAUCUUUGGACAAUCUGGAAGCCAACGCUGCACCUCAGUGGAUUCUACUGGCAAAUGGACUGAUGAAAACUGCUUUGCCCGUUUCCCUUUCCUCUGCUACAGUGGAUCCAAUCCAGGUGUUGUGAUAGUUCUGCGAAUGAAAAUUCAAGUUAGAGGAAACAUGCCGGACUCUCAGAUUAAAGAAUUGGUGUUGAUGCAAUUUCAACAAGAAUUGACCAGACUGGGGAUAUCAAAGAUCCUCAAAAUGCGAGUGAGAAACAUGCGGAAGCUCAGCGCGUGAAAGAGGAAGAGAUCACUGGGAAGAGAUUUUGGUGUUUGUUUUAUCAUUUAUUCCUUCCUUAAUUCCUUCAUUCAUUCACAUGUUAGUUUAGACACGGGUGAGAAAUGCUGUAUAUAAUAAGACCUGCUGAUCUGUAAUAAAACUCAAAUUAUAUUUAUGUACAUAUUCCGAAUAAAUGAAGCUCACUAAAAUGUAUACUAAAUAAAAUAAAAUUUAAAUAAAUGUAAAUAAAACAUCUUGAAAUGCCUCUUACAAAAGAAAAUAAAUU